AUGACACCUGCAGAGUUGAAAAAAAAAUUGGCACCGGUCCAGCAGAGAGGAGAUAAAAUGCUCCAAACGCAAAAUGGGAACCGCUACGCAGCCGCUUUAACAUCUCGCUUUAUAUUUUCACAGCUUUUGGUGAAGUUCUUUUGUUGUCCCCGAAACAACCAAGGUGCCACAUGUCCGGGCUUUCUCGGAUACUUACACGCAUCCCCAUACGGCAAGCUUCCACCAAUGCCCAUUUGGAAAGAACUGAAUCGACUUGCUAGUGAAGGCAAAUGGGACAAUAUUAAUAAUAUGCCGAAAUUGUUCUUGUUCGGAAAAGCCAAGAAGGAAGCAUACUCUCUUCACCAUGCCAUAAAUACGAAGAAGGACUUUUGGUCUUCAACUCCAUAUGGGCAAUUCUUGAAGGGGAUUUUCCGCAUCGUCGUGUUGGUUUGCGUCAUUGAGGUAUCUACUGCCUUUUUUGACUGCAUCAUAACUACUUAUAGCUACUAUACUGAUAUAAAUAUAACUUUCAAAGCUGGUGUUACUUUAUACGAAUUCGUGGUCCCGGAAGAAAAGAGACUUCACUACAAAUAUCGCGCGAAGCACGGACAUGGUGAAGGUCAUGAACAUCAUUAA